AUGAGUGCGUCAACGGAUUCUGCUACAAUGCAGACACAUAUUCAGAGAGUAUCGCUGGAAAGAACGAUCACAGGCACAAGUGCAACUGCCAGCACUCGUAGCAAGAACUUGGGAUUUAGAGCCGGAGUGGGCUUAGAGAAUGUAGCGCGCAGGACUCUGGGGAUGGUGUUAUUGGGAGUUACAGUGAUGUUGUGGACGAGUAGUAAUUUUCUUGCUAGUUACAUAUUCGCCGAUAAUACCUAUUCGAAACCAUAUUUUGUUACAUAUAUCAACACAUCAUUUUUUGCUAUAUCGUUGAUCCCUAUAUUUCUACGAAUAUCGAGAGAGCAUGGCUGGUCGCAUGUGAAGAAUUCAGCUGUGGAUUACUAUCAUGACCAAUUAUCAGAAUACCGCACCGGACUCCAGAAUCUCCGCAAAGGAUGGCAUCGCCGAGGAUCGAGUCGAGAAGACCAAGAGUACGAUUUUAUGAGCGCUUCUCAUUCCCGUCUCCUCAGCUCUACCGACGAUCUUGACACAGAUCUUCCGCAGCCACAAGAACAAGAGAAGGAAGACAGAUUAAGUGUAUCCGAGACCGCAAAACUCUCUCUCGAGUUCUCUCUUCUUUGGUUCAUAGCCAAUUAUCUCGUAGCCGGCUGUCUCGAAUACACAUCCGUAGCCUCGUCCACAAUCCUGACCUCCACUUCUUCAAUCUUCACCCUCCUCUUUGGAGCGCUUGUUCGUGUCGAAUCUUUCACCGUCCGCAAACUCCUCGGUGUUCUAGCUUCCUUCGUAGGCAUCAUCCUCAUUUCCUCUGUCGAUCUAGGGAGUACGGAUAAUGACUCAAACCGUGGGAACUUUCCUCACAAAUCCCAAGCGCAAAUUGCGAUUGGCGAUAUCAUGGCUUUUGGAAGCGCGGUGAUGUAUGGGCUGUAUGCAGUAGUGAUGAAAAAGCGCUGCGGCAACGAAGAUCGGGUCGAUAUGCCGCUAUUCUUUGGGCUCGUUGGAUUCUUCAAUGUUGUUUUUCUCUGGCCCGGUUUCUUCAUUUUGCAUUUCAGCGGCGUGGAAACAUUCGAGCUACCUCCCACUGGUAAAAUCUGGCUCAUAGUAUUACUGAACUCCUUGAGCAGUUUUAUAAGCGACUAUUGCUGGGCGUAUGCGAUGUUGUUGACAACGCCAUUGGUAGUGACUGUAGGCUUGAGUAUGACGAUCCCGUUGAGUUUGGUGGGCCAGAUGUGGUUGAAUGAUCAGACAAGCACCGCAGUCUAUUGGGUGGGUGCAUUGGUUGUGGUGGGAAGUUUUGUGUUUGUUAAUCAUGAGAGCAAGGAUGAGGAGAAGGGGGAGCCAGGAGAUGAAAGAAUCAUACCUAUCGUGAUUGUGGUGGAUCAUGAUGAGAGAAGAGAUGAAGUGGUUUAG